AUGAAUAUAUUUCUAACUAAUUGGAAUUUGAUAUUUCAAGGCACCCCUGCAAUAAAUGUAAAUUUCACAACUCCGAAUGCUUCAAAUACACAGCAUCAAAGUGGAACUUGGUUUAUUCCAUUAAAUUCAUCUGUUUCAUCUGAGAAUUCUUCAAGUAAACGUGAUAUUGAAGAAUCAAUAUAA